AUGGAUUCUGAAUUAUCUGAUAAAUACUAUGACCAAAUCAGUAAAGAUAUUCAAAGUGUCGAGGAUUACAGACAACUUAACGAUGCUGGUCCGAUUGAUCGUAGAAUCAGACGAUUAAAUGAUGCGAACCUUAGUAAUGGAAGAAAAACCGAGAUAUUACAACAAGAAAGGCGUGGCCAUCUCGAUCUAUUCUUAAAAGAAAAAGCGUUAAGUGAUUAUGAUACUUACAACAAACAAAUUGAUAAUUAUUACAGUUGGCAAUGGGUUCAUCUAUUAACAAAUGAUAGUCCAUUGACAAAUAAUAUAAUGAACCUGAAUCAGACUUUAUUAUCUCCAGAAAAGGAUAAAAAUGUUCUUAUCGAACUUAGAAAAUUUAAAUACUAUAAUUUACUUUACGAUCUUAUAAAAAAAAACAUGGAAGAAGACACUGAUAAAAAUCAAUUUGCAGAUAAUGGAACGUAUGAUAUUUUGAUUCAAGGACUUGAUCAAAAUUACUUAAAACCACCAAAAUCUGUAGAUGAACUACAAAAAUUGAGAAAAGAAUUAGGAUCGAAAUUACAACCAUCAACAAAUAGAAAUAAAAACAACCCUAAAAACUUUUACGAAGCUCUUGAUUCAUUGGUAGGAACAUUCCAAGCGAAAAGAAUGAUCAAAGACUAUAUUUUAGAUGAGAAUGAUAUCAGCAUAUUAAAAAAUGAUGAGUAUUUUGAUCACAGAAUAGAACUACUAGAUGAUAAAAAUAAAAAAAUUCUCUUAAAUCUUCGAAACAAAAUCGUAGAAGUCUAUGAAAAAAAGAUUUGUUAA